GACAGAUAGCACUUCCUGUAACUCGUCCUCUGUCGUUCACGAUUUGUUUUGUUCUUGGAUCAAAAUCGACUGCAGUGGAAUUGUGGAAAUGAAGAAAGCUUGACAUGAUGUCCAGAUAAAACUGUCCGUUACUUCCUUAAAGACAAAGACGAAUACACAGAGAAACGUAAAACAUAAAAUCGGCCGGAUAUGAACUCCUUGAACAGUCUAUGGGAAGGUUGUACGUCCAUCGUGAAAAGUCUACCCGAGUGUGUGGGCCUGAUACCCCGAGACGACGUCAGUAAAGUUGUGGUGCAGGAAGUCCAUAUGAUUACGGGAUCGAGGGAGGGGCGGAUGUUCGUCCGCUUGGCGGGAAUUGCCGGCGCUACAGCUGUCAUGAUGGCGGCCUACGGGGCACAUGCUUUCAAGAAGAAGCCAAACGUCGAACCGUCACAGAUAUUGGCCUUUGACAAUGCCAACCAAAUGCAUCUCGUGCAUUCCGUGGCGUUGCUAGGUGUACCAUUGACUAGAAGGCCUAGGCUGGUCGGUACUUUGAUGUGUAUGGGAAUUAUCCUUUUCAGCGGAAGCUGCUAUUGUCAUGCGUUGUCAGGGAACACUCGAGUAAGAACGGUAACUCCGUACGGCGGAAUGGCCUUAAUCCUGGGAUGGCUUGCCAUGGUGUUUUGAUCAAUUUGCCUUUUGAUGUACAAUCACGUUAGCCUUAGAAAAAUGAAAAAAAUUGUGAAAAGGUGAUAAAUCUGCCGUUUAAUAGAAGAGAAUUAUACAGUGGUAUGUAAGGAGUCAUUUAGAAUUAUGAAUUUGAUUUUUAAAUGCUAUAAAUGUUUGUUUCUAAUCGGCGAAACAACGGUAGAAAACAAUCGAGGGUGACCCAUAUCCCGUCAUAGGUCUGGAUGUUUGAAUUAUUUUGUGAAAAAAAAGCUUUUGUGUGCUCAAUAAAAGAGUGGAAUCAGAGUUUCCUACUCAUUGAGAUAAGAGCAUUGUAGACAGCUGCACUGUCUUUGAUUCACUGUAUCAUUUUACCAGAAAAAAGUUUGGUUUUUAUCAUGAAUUCAUUGGGUUGUUUUUU